GUGACGUGAAGUUGAGGGGCAGUUUGAACGUGCGCGAAAAAACCGGGGCAAUUUUUCGACCGCACACAAGAGGUAAUUUCUCAUAGCCAUCGAAACAACUGAAGUUUGCCCUGCAGAGCAACCUUCACGUCGCCAUCCAAGUUUCUCCCCUCCGACCACGAAGACGCCGUCAAGAUGAAGUACAUCCACUCAGAGGAGCUCCUGGAGGUGCCGGAGGGAGUCAAGAUCAGCAUCAAGUCCAGGCUGAUUACUGUUGAGGGCCCCCGAGGAAAGCUCACUAAGAGCCUUAACCACAUCGCCGUCACCUUCUCGCAACCCAGCAAGAACGUUAUCGGCAUCGAGAUUCACCACGGCAAGCGCAAGGAUGUCGCCACCCUCCGUACCGUCCGCACCCUGAUCAACAACUUGAUCAUUGGUGUCACCAAGGGCUACAAGUACAAGAUGCGUUACGUCUACGCCCAUUUCCCCAUCAACGUCAACGUUGAGAAGAACAACGAGACUGGCAACGCCGAGGUCGAGAUCCGAAACUUCAUCGGCGAGAAGCUCGUCCGCAGGGUCGCCAUGCAGCCUGGUGUUGAGGUUGAGAUCUCAAAGGCCCAGAAGGAUGAGCUCAUCCUGUCCGGUAACUCUGUCGAGGCUGUCUCGCAAAGCGCCGCCGAUAUCCAGCAGAUCUGCAAAGUACGGAACAAGGAUAUCCGUAAGUUCUUGGAUGGUAUGUACGUCUCGGAGAAGGGCAACAUCGAGGAGAUUGCUGCAUAAAUGGGGGUGCGAGUCGACUGCUUUCUUUGUGCUUUCCUCUGGGUCUAAAGGAGUGGCAAUGGGUUCAUCAACGGAGUUGCAUGUUAUGCGAUGGAUAAAGUCUCAUAGUAAAUGUGAGCAAAAAGAUCUUUUUUUCGGCCACAACUGUGCGACGCCCGCUCGCGACGCAUCGUUUUCUAGGGCAUCUGAGCAUAACGAGAUACCACCCAUGAAUGAGCCUAGGUACGGACUUGGUGACCGUGACUAAGGAUUCACGGGGGCUUGAACUAGCAGAGCAUUGGUUCUAUGCCGACUGGAUGGGGCGCAACGCUUUACGAUUAAUGUACAACCGAUUUUCACUUUUGAUGAAGAGAAUGGCUUGUGGAAAUUAUUCGUCGUUGCCAUCAUGAGUCCUCGCCCCAUGGCUUUCUGUGUCAUAUAGGAUCUGGCUUUGUCAAAUAGGAUUCCCAUCCUGUCCCCAUCUUUUUGAAGCCCCAAAGCCUCUGCCAAUAAAUAAGAUAGCGUAAAAAGAAACAACGUUUAGUAAUUUAUG